GUGGGAUAAAAUAGAGCAAUGUUGACAGAAAUAGCUAGGAGGUGUGUAAGGAUGGGACAUCCUGCGACAGAGAAUAUAUAUGUCCCUGCUACUUCUCUCCCUUGUUCCCCUGCCUUAAGCCCCAAUCCCCUCCCCUCUUGAGGUGUGAAUGUGCCAUUUGGGGUCUCACUUCAAAGGGUCUUAGCAGAAUCAUAAAUACAGCCCCAGCCAGGGGCUCCUCAGGGAGAGAGAGGAUCUACAGGGUGGAUGCAUCCCAGACUUGCCUCCAGAGACAGAACGGGGGAAAGCUGGCUCCCAGCCCCUCAACCCUGCUCCAGCUGAACAGCCUCCCUUCCUUCCAGGCUCUUACUCUGCAUCCCACUCCCUCAGAGGUCCCGUUACGACUUGCACCAUCCCUCUAACCCUCUAGACCUUCCUUCCUACCCAGAGAAAGCAGGAGCCCUGGCUUCCAGCCUCACCUGUUCUAAUCCACUAGAUCCUCACUGCUUUCCCAGAGAACCCAGAAGUCCUGGCUCCAAGGCUUCCUGCAGCACCCCAUGUAUCACCCCACAGAGAUGUUCUCACAGUAUGGGGGCUCCUAUCCUCUGCGACCUCCCCCACCUCCCGGGGCUGGGUAUCCCCAGGGUCAGGCACCUCAAUAUGAAGCCUUCAGAUAUCCAGACCUUGAUGCUGCCCCUAAGCUGGAUAGCUUCUUCCCUGGGUUGGAACCCCCAGGGCGCCUCCUGCCCUCUGCUCCUGGCCUCCCUUAUGGGACAGGCCAGCCUCUCCCAUCAGGCCCACCACCAACUACACGCCUACCCCCCGGAGUACGGAUGAGCCUGGAGAAUGGAGAACUUUGGAAGCGUUUCAGUGGGAUUGGUACAGAGAUGAUCAUCACCAAGGCAGGCAGGCGGAUGUUUCCACAGCUGAAAGUUUCAGUAACAGGACUGGAUCCUGAAGCCAAGUACCUGCUGCUAGUGGAUGUGGUCCCGGUGGGCAGCUCCCGGUACAAAUGGCAUGGCAAGCGGUGGGACGCCAGUGGCAAGGCUGAACUGCCCCCGCCAGACAGGGUCUACAUCCACCCCGACUCACCUGCAUCAGGCGCCCACUGGAUGCGCCAACCUGUAUCUUUCCACCGGCUCAAGCUCACCAACAACACACUGGAUCCCCAUGGACAUCUGAUUGUUCACUCCAUGCACCGUUACCAGCCGAGGAUACAUGUGGUUGGAGCCGGAGGACGCCGUGGGGCAGGCAGUGGCUGCGCUUCCUUCACCUUUCCCGAGACCCAGUUUCUGACUGUCACGGCCUACCAGAACCCACAGAUCACUCAGAUGAAAAUAGAGAGCAACCCUUUCGCAAAGGGCUUCCGGGAGAAUGGCAUGAACAGCAAAAGGGAGCGCGAGGCCCGAAUCAAGAGGAAAAUGAAGGCAAACGAAUGUGAAGCCAACAUGGGGGAAAAUGAGAGCAAGAAAGGCCCCUGCGACUCCACCUUGACAGAGGAGACACCUCUGGAGCAACAGCAACCACCUGCGCUUCCACACCCUUCUUGCUCCUUCUACCCACCUGCAGGGAUCAAUCCCAGCGGAGCAGAAGCUUAUGUCCAGCACCCAGCUGCCUUCCAUGGCUGGCGGGGGGCACCGUCACCCUAUGGCAGCCCAAGUCAAGAAAUGGCAGCUCCUCCAUCAUCCCCAACUACCAAGUCACCUCCUGAGCAAUCAGAUUUCAGACCUAUGCUCCCGGCAAGUUGGAAUGGGCUGGAUAUUAUUCCUUUCCUUGGGGGAACAGAACCCCCCGAUACCUCCUCCUUUCCCCCUUUCAAAUUCAGCUUCGCACCCUACCCGCCUCCACCUCGUGUCUAUGGGCCCCCCUCUGGCUAUCCUGGCUCUCAGCCACCUAUGCUCUAACUCUUGCUCCUCCCACAAACCCUGGGAUUCGUCUUCUAGGUAUUCUGUUUCCCUCGCUAGAUUUCAUGGCUUUCCCUGUU